AUGCAAUUUGUGAAUCCUGUCCACACCUUGAUCCACUUGUCCCCUAUGAAUAUAGAUAAUAAGCUACCGUUUCCAGAACGACUCCCAGAUGCAUCUUAUUCGAGCGAUACCGCCAUUAGAGUGCACAACCAGAAUACACACAAACGUCCGUUGACAACCACAACCUACCAACCCACGGGCCAAGAUAUCAUUUGUGGAAGAGGACGAGGCAGUUUUCUACAUGAAGGGAACAAAGUUUACCUUUCACUUCUCCGAAGAAAUGUUCAUGCUUAUUUGCACGCAAAAAAAAGAGUGGAAAAGAGCGUGAUCAUCAGCACUGUCGUCUCUUCGUUAAAGGAGCGCGGCUUUCGAUUUCUCAAACAAGAUGAUAGGAACCAGCGAUGGUAUGAGCUGUCGGAAUCAGACUGCUACGACCGAACCGCUCAUGCCAUUCGCGAUUUGAUUCGCAAGCAAAAAGGAAGAAACAAGAAACCACUUUCCAAGCAUGCUUCGUCAAGGUCUCCGUCUCCAUCCAACAGUGACAUCAGUGUGGACUCCCAUAAGACGGAUGGACCCAGCAAGCAGUCUACCAAUACUGAUACACCUAUUUCACUCACUUGCAUUAACGAGCAGUCGAAUUCAAAUCAGCUUUCAUCAUCUUCGCCAUCGAAUGUUGUAGGCGCCAUCGCCAACCUCCCUAACGAUGCUGAUUCUUUUGAUGAUAAAAUCACCGAGAUUCCAUCUGAAAUGAUGAGCCCAACUGAUAGUUUGAAGACUGCUGGUGGAUUUGAUGCUUUCUUUGAAUUGGAGCCUGAUGAUUUUGGACGAGUGCUCUCACAACUGGAAGCUGAAAAACAAGAGCGUCGAGCUUCGUGGGAAAGCAAAUAA